AAAACAAGUUUAGCGCCAAAAGUGUCCACACCGAAGUAUCGGCUGAUCGUUAGGUUCACCAACAAAGACAUCAUAACACAGAUCGCGUACGCGAAGAUCGAGGGCGACGUCAUUGUGUGCGCCGCUUAUGCCCACGAACUGCCCCGAUAUGGCGUCAAAGUCGGUCUCACCAACUAUGCGGCCGCCUAUUGCACUGGACUUCUGUUGGCCCGUCGGUUGCUGAAGAAGUUUCAUUUGGACGGCAUAUAUAAGGGCGCGGAGACGGUGUCCGGCGAGCAGUACAACGUGGAGGACAUUGAAGGCAAACCGCGUGCGUUCCGCGCGUAUCUGGACAUAGGUCUGGCGCGCACGACGACCGGCGCUCGCAUUUUCGGCGCCAUGAAAGGCGCGGCCGACGGAGGCAUUGAUAUCCCCCACUCGACCAAACGCUUCCCCGGCUAUGACAUUGAGUCCAAAGAGUUCAGCGCUGAUGUCCACCGACAGCACAUCUUUGGCCAACACGUGGCCGACUAUAUGAAGAACCUGAUGGAAGAGGAUGAGGACGCCUACAAACGCCAGUUCUCGCGCUUUUCCAAACUCGGCAUUACUGCCGAUGAGUUGGAGGGCAUAUACACCAAAGCUCACGCCGCCAUCAGAGCUGAUCCCGAAUACAAGCCGACAAAGAAGAAGACAUACCCGUCGAAGAAGAGAUUCAACGACAAGAAGCUGACGCUCGCCGUGAAGAAGAACAAGACGGCUCAGCGCAAGAGGGCUGUGAUCGCGCGUCUGGACGCCGGCGGCGACGACUAGACCUCUUCUUUGUUUGUCAAUCAAAUAACUUAAAAGAAUUUAUUAAAAGUUUUUUGAAAGAAAAAUUAAAAAAUUGGUAUUAAAAACA